GAAAAAAAAUGCGGAAAACUACUGUGACGGAGAGGCGCAGAGGACGCGGCAACACAGCACGCCUCGCCAUGUGUGUUGCGUCGAGUCACUGAGCAAAAUUCCAUCAUUAUUUAACGUUAUUUAGCGGCUGCGUGGCCUCUGCCGGGACCCAGCGGUGAGCAUCAUGUCGGCCCCGAGCCCCAGUGCCGGGAGUGCCGCCUCCCCCAUGGGGCCCCCCCAGCAGUCUCUCUCCCCCAUGCCUCCACCCCAGGCCACCUCCCCGGCUGUGGGGCCACCCCAGGCACCCUCCCCAAUGGGACCCCCACAGGCACCCUCCCCCAUGGGCCCCCCAGUGAUGUCCCCCGGCCCCCAGCAGCAGGGGCCCCCGCCUGGCCCUGGGAUGUCCCCACAGAGCGGUCCUGGCCCCCACCACUCUUACCCCCAGGGGCCACAGGGGGGCCAGGGGUGGCAGCAGCCCCCCGGCCCCUACAUGAACAACUACCAGUCCCAGCCCUCCCAGGGGCAACAGGGCCCCCCCUCCAUGGGCCCCGGCAGCCACCACCCGCCCCAGGGCCCGCCAGGACCCCCAUCCAGCGGCGGCCUGGCUCCCCCUGCGAGUGGGGGGGGCCCGAACGGCCCCAGCCCCAGUGGUGGCAGCUUCCAGCAGGAGAACCUCCACGCGCUGCAGAAGGCCAUCAACACCAUGGAGGACAAGGGCAUGCAGAAUGACCCGCGCUACACCGACCUGGUCAACAUGCGCGCCAAGUAUGGAAACAUCAACAUGGGGCCGCCACCCCCCUCAGGGAGCACCGCGCCUGCCGGCACCCCAGGCCCCUCUGGGCCACCACCAGGGGGGCCGGCUUAUGGGCCCCCUGGCACCCCAGGCCCCGAGGGGCAGCGCACAGGGCUGCUGAACCCCAACCAAAUGCACCAGCUGCGGGCCCAGAUCAUGGCCUACCGCUGCAUUGCCCGCAACCAGCCAGUGCCCCCACAGGUCACCCAGCUGGCCCAGGGCCGCCGCCCCGAGCAGGACGCUUCCAGACCCAUGGGCCCGACCAUCUCUGGGCCCAGCGGACCCCCCUCAGGGCCCCCUAGUGGGCCUCCUGGACCUCCAGGACCCCCGACGGGUCCUCCCAGUGGGCCACCAUCAGGGCCACCUGCAGGACCACCUGCAGCCUCUCAAACUGGCCCCCCAUCAGGACCACCCGGCCCCCCUGGACCCCCAGGACCUCCGGGACCCCCCAGCAUGCAGUACCCCAGACACCCAGGUCCCAUGCCAGUGGUACGGCCGCACUACAAUGGCACAGGGCCACCGCAGACCCCACCCCCGCCCACCAGCGUGAUGAGCUCCCAGCCCGGCACCACGGGGCCCCUGCAUGGCACCACACCCCGCCCCCAAGUGCCCCAAGCCCCAACAGCCACCACGCCUGUUCCUGCCGGGGGCAAAACCAGCCGCGUCACCCCCAUCACCAAGCCCUCAGGCAUCGACCCGCUCAUACUGCUGCAGGAGAGAGAGAACAGGUUGGCAACACGCAUCGCCCACCGCAUUGACGAGUUGACGGCCCUGCCCGCUACCAUGGCCGAGGACCUCAAGAUCAAGGCCCAGAUAGAGCUGCGGGCGCUGCGGCUCCUCAACUUCCAGCGCCAGUUGAGGGCAGAGGUUGUUGGGUGUAACCGCAAGGACACCACGCUGGAGACGGCCAUCAACAUCAAGGCAUACAAGCGCACCAAGCGUCAGGGGCUGCGUGAGGCGCGCAUCACCGAGAAGCUGGAGAAGCAACAGAAGCUGGAGGCGGAGCGUAAGAAGCGGCAGAAGCACCAGGAGUACCUCAACGCGGUGCUGCAACACGGCCGGGAGCUAAAGGAGUUCCACCGGCAGAAUUCGCAGAAGAUCAACAAGCUGAACAAGGCCCUGCUGAUGCACCACAUGAACGCCGAGCGGGAGAAGCAGAAGGAGCAGGAGAGGAUCGAGAAGGAGCGUCUGCGGAGGCUCAUGCUGGAGGACGAGGAGGGUUACCGCAAGCUCAUCGACGAGAAGAAGGACAAGCGCCUCGCCUACCUCCUCACGCAGACCGACGAGUUCAUCGCCAACUUGACGGAGAUGGUGAAGGCACACAAGGAGGACCAGCGCCUCAAGAGCAAGGAGGAGCGCAAGAAAUUGCGCGAGGAGAGGAAGCGAGCACGCGAGGCCGUGUCAGAGGGUGGUGAGGAGGGGGAGAAGGUCAUCCACGUCCCCGUCAUGGAGUCAGCAACCGGAAACAUUGUCAGCGGUCUCCAGGCACCCACGGCGGACAACCUGGAGGCCUUCCUCACCGCCAACCCGGGCUGGGAGGUGUUGCCUGAUGAGGACUCAGACUCUUCCGAUGACGAGGAGAAGGCGGUGGUGGAGGAGGUGGUUGAGGAGGUGGAAGAAGAAAAGGAGAAAGAAAAAGAAGAAGAGGAAGACAAGAAGGGCGACAAACCAGAAGACGGCACGGUCCCAAGGGAGAUGCUGAAGAAGGCCAAGGUGGAGGACGAUGAGUACAAGAACAUUUCCGGAGAGAGGAACUACUACUCCAUCGCCCAUACCGUCAAGGAAACCGUCACCCAGCAGGCCACCAUCAUGGUCAACGGCCUGCUCAAGGAGUACCAGGUCAAGGGUCUGGAGUGGCUGGUGUCCCUGUACAACAACAACCUGAACGGCAUCCUGGCUGACGAGAUGGGGCUGGGCAAGACCAUUCAGACCAUCGCGCUGCUCACCCACCUCAUCGAGACCAAGAAGAACAAUGGCCCUUACCUCAUCAUCGUCCCCCUCUCAACCAUCUCCAACUGGGCCCUCGAGUUUGAGAAAUGGGCCCCCACUGUGCAGGUGGUCACGUACAAGGGGUCGCCGCAAGUUCGUCGCGUCGUGCAGAACCAGAUGCGUGCCACCAAGCUGAACGUGCUGCUCACCACCUACGAGUACAUCAUCAAGGACAAGGCAGUGCUCUCCAAGCUGAGGUGGAAGUACAUGAUCAUCGACGAGGGUCACAGGAUGAAGAACCACCACUGCAAGCUGACACAAACACUCAACACCUUCUACAACGCCCCGCACCGCCUGCUACUGACGGGUACGCCACUGCAGAACAAGUUGCCGGAGUUGUGGGCGCUACUCAACUUCCUGCUGCCCUCCAUCUUCAAGUCAUGUUCCACCUUCGAGCAGUGGUUCAACGCGCCCUUUGCCACCACCGGAGAGAAGGUGGAGCUGAACGAGGAGGAGACCAUCUUGAUCAUCCGCCGUCUCCACAAGGUGCUGCGUCCCUUCCUGCUGCGAAGACUGAAGAGAGAGGUGGAGGCCCAGCUGCCAGAUAAGGUUGAGUACAUCAUCAAGUGCGAGAUGUCUGGGCUGCAACACGUGCUGUACCGCUCCAUGCAGACCCGCGGCGUGAUGCUGUGCGCCGAGGACAAGAAGGGCCAGAAGAGCAACACCAAGGCGCUCAUGAACACCAUCAUGCAGCUGCGCAAGCUCUGCAACCAUCCCUUCAUGUUCCAGCACAUCGAGGAGGCAUACUGCAACCACACCGGCUUUGCGGGCGGCAUCGUGCAGGGACCUGACCUGUUCCGAGCGUCCGGCAAGUUUGAGCUGCUGGACCGCAUCCUGCCCAAGCUGUACGCCACCGACCACCGCGUGUUGCUCUUCUGCCAGAUGACGCAGCUCAUGACCAUCAUGGAGGACUACCUCAUGUACAAGGGAUUCAAGUACCUCAGGCUUGACGGUAUGACCAAGUCUGAGGAUCGAGGGGAACUCCUGCGUCUGUUCAACACCUCCCGCGAAUACUUCCUCUUCCUGCUGUCCACGCGUGCCGGAGGUCUCGGCCUCAACCUGCAAUCUGCCGACACUGUCAUCAUCUUCGACUCGGAUUGGAACCCACACCAGGAUCUGCAGGCCCAGGAUCGCGCCCAUCGUAUCGGCCAGAAGAACGAGGUGCGAGUGUUACGUCUGAUGACCGUCAACACAGUGGAGGAGAGAAUCUUGGCCGCCGCGCGCUACAAACUCAACAUGGACGAGAAGGUUAUCCAGGCUGGUAUGUUCGAUCAGAAGUCCACCGGCUCGGACCGUCGCCAGUUCCUGCAAGCCAUUCUGUCCAACGACAAUGAAGAGGAGGAGGUAAGUGAGGAGGAUGAGGCGCCAGAUGACGAGACAAUCAACCAGAUGAUCGCGCGAGGGGAGGACGAGUUUGAGCAGUUCCAGAAGUUUGACGAGGUGCGGCGGAAGGAGAGCAACCGCCCCAGACUCAUGGCCGAGGACGAGCUGCCCGAGUGGAUGCUGAAGGAGGAGGAGACGGAGGUGGAGGAGGAGGAGGAGCCAGAGGAGCUGGGAGACCGUCGGGCACGGUCCAAGAAGGAGGUGGACUACACGGACAGCCUCACCGAGAAGGAGUGGCUCAGGGCUAUUGGGGCAGUUGAGGAUGAUGGGAAGGAGGCGAUGGAGGAUGACGAGGAGGAGGUUGUGGCGACAAAGACCAAGCGCGGCUCCAAGGGGAAGAGGAAGAGGCAGGACGACUUGGAGAACGACGAUGACCCCAAGCCCAAGAAGCGCGGUCGGCCAGCCAGGGAGAAGCCGGCCGCCCCCAAGAACAAGAGACUCAUACGGCAGCUGAAGAGACUCAUGGACAUUGUGAUCAAAUACGAGGACAGCAGCGACGGCCGCGUGCUGAGCGAGCCCUUCAUGAAGCUGCCGUCGCGUAGGGAGCUGCCGGACUACUACGGGGUCAUCAAGCGGCCCAUGGACAUAGUGAAGAUCAUGACCAAGAUCGAUGAGGGACGGUAUGAAGAUCUAAAUGACCUGGAGCACGACUUCAUGCUGCUGUGUCGCAACGCCCAGGAGUACAACGAGGAGGCGUCCAUCAUCUACGAGGACUCCAUCGUCAUGCAGAGCGUCUUCCUCAAUGCCCGCGAGCGCAUUGAGACGGAGGCCGACAACCUACCAGAGCAAGGUGAGGUUGAAGAGUUUGAAGAGGAAGAGGAGGAGGAGGAGGAAGAGGAGGAGGUUGCACGUAAAAAGAAGGGCAAAAAGAACAAGGGGGAGAAGGGCAGAGGUCGCAGGAAAAGGGUCAAGUACGCCGAUGACUCAGACGACGAGGAGGAUGAUGACGACGUGAGUAAGAGAGGAGGACAGUAGAGACCUGGCCAGCGGGACGGAGGAGGAGGUGGAGAUGAGGUGUAGCCCCCCACCCCUCCCCACCUUACCCCCCCAGCAGUAGUAACAAUGCUAGUCCUUCUCUGUGCCCCUUCUGCCAUUCACCCUUUCUCUCCUUCCUCACAUCUCUUUCCUCACCCCUUCCACAACUCCCUCCCUCCUUAGUACACCCACACUGCUGUCUCUGCCUUUCACCCUUUCUUUACUUCAUGUCCCCUUCUUAAAACCCCUUCCAUCACUCCUUCCCUCCUUAGUACAUCCACUGCUGUCUCUGCCUUUCCAUGCCUGACCUUCCUCCUCACUAUUCAAUGCUCUUUCUUCCCUCUCUACUCCAAGAUGAUGACAGGCUAUUUCCUCUCUUCCAUCCAUACUCUACUCCCCUCAGAAAUGCCCAGAGCUCUUCCUUUUCCUUUUAAGAUUGGUUCCCUCCUUCACUACACACACUGCCCUUCUCUCUCUACCCCGAAAACUAAUUAUCAUCUUAGUGCCCCCCCUAAUAAAAGCUCUGAUGCCUGACUCUGUUUAGAAACACCCUCUUCAGAGCACACUCAAAAUAAAAAGUAAUUCCCCAUCCCAUGACACCAAUGGCCUCAUCUCUCUUCAGUGUUGUGCUCCCUUGCUAGUCAUUCCUCCCUAUCCCCUCCCCUCCUUUCCAUUUUGGCACUUGACCUCCUCCCUCCUCAUCUACUCCCGUUCUUUCCCCUUAUAGAACAUAACCUCCCUUCCCACCCUAUCCCCCUGUAGCACUUCUCCCUCCCCACCUGCUCCCCUCCCCCUGUGGCUGCUGGCUGGGUCAUUCACCUGUAAGGUCACUUGGCAUGGCUGCUCACCACUGCUGCUGCUGCCACUUUGCGCCUCUCCGCCACACUGGACGACUGACGCGCCCGAAUACCCAGCGGCCGUUUUUGCUCCCCCUGGCACUGGGUGCAUGUGGGUCCGUCUCUCUGUCGUCCGCGGGAGGCGUGGCGGUUCUUAAGUUCAUCCUUAGUUUGUUUGUCUCCUGCCUGCAGCAUUUUGAAGACUUGUAUUUUCCACUUGGUUCAUGUUAUUUAUUUAUUUUUGUUUUAUCAUUUUAUUCUUCACUUUAUGUAUUUUAAGGCUCACUUUUCAUUCUCCAUAUUAUGAUUUCAGUACCUUUUCUUUCUUGCCUUGCUGUUUUCAUUCAUUCCAUCUUUUGAAGCUCUUAGCCGUAAGUUUUCUUCUCUUACCUUCGUUCCAGAAUGAUUUUCUUUACUGUUGCUUUUUUCAGUGAGGUGGAAAGGCGCCUGAGGCAAGAGAAGAACAAAGGUGUAUUUGAUGUGAGGCGCGGCUUAGCUUAGGCCUCCUGGCUUGGUCGGCUUUUGAGGGGUACAUAGAUAUAUGGUGAUGGUGGGGCUCUUGUGACGGUGUGAAGGACUGCUUGUCUCGUACACGGCUGGGAGAAAAGGGUAACAAAGGCCAGUAUUAUCAGACUUUUUCGGCUCUCACAGCAACUAUUUCAUUAGGCCACAAAGGAGAUUGGUUGGGUUCUCAUGAGUGCUCACAUUCAUGGUGCAGAAGCCUCAUCAAGCUCCCACCAGGCUGGUAAAACUACCCAUGGAAAUACCCACACAACAACCUCCACAAAAGCCUUAUCGAAUCUGGGUGUGUGAGCCCCGAAAUGUUUGAGAGUAUUGGUCCAAGACUCCUCAGCACUCCAGACCAGCAGAGUGAAGCUAAAUCUCAUGGGCAACAAUUAACACAUUCGCAUCACACCACUAUUCAGUUCUCUAAUGGGUGCUUCUUCGACCUAGUGAGGGAAUUUGGUGUCAAGUUUGUAAUUUUCAUAAACUUAGUCCUGUCGUGUAAGUUAGAGGGUCCCGGGGUUGGGUAGAGAGGCAGGUAGAAGCAGCCACUAGUUUUGAUAUGGCAGGGAAAGGGUUUAAAGUUUACCCUAUUGUUCAUCUUAACUGGAAUCGUCUCACUCACAGGGCAAACGGCUGCAUCCUGUCGUGAUUCACGGUUAGAUUCUUACCAAGUGGCAGCAUUUUCACUUUUCUGACAUUUUUUUCAUGAAUUCCACCACACAUUUUUUUCCACCACUUUUCAUUCACUUCAUAACUGGUGGGUGGGUAGUGGGUAAGUGGGCAGACGUCUGUGGGUUGAGUGACGUCCUUGCAUGCAACCUUAGCCUGUGAUGGUGCACGAGAGAACACUGUAUUGUCACAAGAGGGUCAGGAUGUUUAGUACUUGUGUUAUAGUCUUUGGGUGUCCCGGGCAGGGGGAAACAGAGAUCAAUGAGUGCAGCGGCCAUUACAUUACCAGGCAAGAGGAACGUGAGAUUAAGAAGACUGAAUAUUCUAAUUCAUGUAUAUUUAUAGUAUUGAAUAUGCACAAAUGAAAGUUUGGCCAAUUUAUAAGUUAUGAACAUUUUAGCCUGUCAUGUUUGCAUAUUAUAAAUGUAACAGGUUGAGAGGUAUAAUUUGUAUUGAGUAAUUCACAAUGUACACUAAUAGUUAUUGUAUUAAGUCUAAGACAGUGUCCUCUGUGCUUUUAGUUAACUUAUUAAAAGGGAGGGAAGGAAGGAAGGAGAAUAUCUUUUAUGUCAAACAAGUUGCCCAUCUCAUUCCAUGGUGUAGUGUGUGUCUCGUCAACAUGCUAGACUGUACAGAGGAAUGGAAGUGUAGGUGUCAUGAUACACAUUAAUAAAUAUGUCCAGAA